AUGGCAGGUGUAGCUCUGGAAGAGAUGGUCACUGGCACUGCUUCAAAGCCAGGUAUUACUCUAAAGGAGAUGCAAAUGCAAGCUAUUAUGCAUUUUAUCAGGCACAGAGACACUAUUGUUGCAUUGCCUACAGGAUAUGGCAAGAGUAUGAUAUAUGGCUGUCUACCAUUCCUAUUUGACAGCUUGAGAGGAUUGCCAUCAGUGACAUCAAUUGCAUCAGUGGUAUGUCCAUUGAAAACCCCUAUGGUGGACCAGACAUUUAGAUUCAGAGAGAUGGGAAUCAGUUCUGCAUAUGUAGGGGAUACAAGUUGUAGUAGGGACAAGUUUAUUGAGGGAGAGUUCCAGUUGGUUUUCAUUAGUCCAGAGAGUUUAUACAGUAGAGGCAGUACAUGGACCACCUUUAUCAAAAGUGAUCUGGGAGAUUAUUGUCCAGAUUUUUCAAAGCUUGGCAAAGUGAGAAGUAUUCUCCCAAAGGACACAAAAGUAUUAGCUUUAACUGCAACUGCUACAGAACCACUGAAGCAACAUGUCAUUCAUACUAUUGGCAUGAAUAAUGUUGCUAUCAUUGAACUGUCGCCAGAAAAAAAGAACCUGUUCUUUUCUGUUGAAGAAUAUAAGUCAAUUGCGACAACAUUCAGGCCAUUGAUGGAGGACUUAAAAACGAAAAGCAAUUGA